UCGUCCCGAGCUGACGUCUCAUCGCGAAAGUUCUACUUCUGCGAAUUUCAAUUCAAUUCAUUUUGUUGAUUCUAUUCUAUUGUGGAAUUUCUCUUUGUUUAGAUUAUUUGCUAACCUUUUUUUUAAGGCCCGGGUGCCGCGGGCCCCGUGGCCCUUUUUAACAACGUUGUUGCGAACUAAGUCCGAAUUCGACUGAGACAUGUCGCUUGUCGUUAAACUUAACCGUUUUAAGGUGCUGAAAUGCAAGAACGAGAAGUACGCACGUUUGGAGUUCCGAGGUUCCCUCAAAUACUCCGCGUCAGUGAUGGAGAGUGACGAGAUCAUCCACGUCAACCAGCGCUUCGAAUGGAUCGUGCACCGACCAGUAGGCCCGGGAGAGGUCCUCACCCUGAGCCUCAUGUCCCGCGCCCGCUGGAGCUCUCCCCGGACCCUCGGCGUCUACCGGCUGGGCCUGCAGAUCCUUGUCAAUGAUGGCCAACUCUCCAUCACUGAUACCUUGGUUGACGAUCAUAACCGAGCUGUUCCCGUGUUUGUUGAGAUGGACGUGUUCUACACGGCUCCGAAGUACAAGGAGUUAUUGCCAACCGACGAAUCAGGGUACAUCAUCGACGCUCCAUCUUGCAGCCGCUCCCACCGCGACUCGGUGCAGCCCGCGGUGCACGGUGCUUCUCCUGGCUCGUCUCAUGCCCCUGUACAUUCGACCCAUGCCUCUGUCCAUACUUCUGCUCACGGUUCCGCUCACGGCUCGGCUCACAGCUCAGCUCAUGGGUCAGCUCAUGGAUCUGUUCAUGGUUCCGCUCACAGCUCCGCCCCUCCGUCUGAUGGCGAUGAAGAAAACGCGUUGACUUACAUCGAGAAGAAUAUCGCGAGUCUGGAGCGGACCAUGCAGAGGACCGUGAGGUUGUGGUCGAUAUUGAGCCAGCUGAUGAAUCGAGGGCUCGUAAAUUAA